GGUGCAUGACCUAGGUGGUGGAACGGGGGGUGCCAGACGACAGAGGUCCGUGAGAGACGGGGAAGAAGAGCCGGUGCGGAGGGAGGAACAACAGCGGGCCCGGCUGGACAGGCGUAGAGCAGCAGAACAGCACGGCAAAGCAUCAGACACGGACGAUCCGGAAGGAAACAGCGCAGAAGGCACCGGACAGACCCGUUUGGCGCAUCGAAGCUGGCAGCCAGAGAGACACAGACACAGACACAGCAGGCAGGGACAGAUCGACGCAAUGACGACGAGCUACCUGGACACACGGAAGCGGCGGCUGCCGUUUCUCGAGGUGUCGCAGUCGUCCAUCGAGUACAUCAGCACACACCUGAAGGACGCGGGGCGGUGUGCGGGGCCGGGGUGUGGCAGAGGCCAGCAGGCGUCGGAGGAGAGAGACAUGGACAACAUCAUCACGUUCUGGACGACGCUGACGAAGGCGAGCGAGGUGAUCCAGAACGGGCGGCGGCUGGAGAACCUCAGCUGGCGCUUGAUCAACCGCAAGCUGAUCCUGCACGACGACAUCACGCCGGCGGACUUCUCGGCCAUCGCCAGCGUCUCCAAGGGCACCCGCUGCAAGGAGCUGCGGGAGAGCCACCACAACCGCAAGAAGCUCCAGAAACGGCCCGGCGGGGCCGCCGGGUCCACCGAACACAUCCCCACCUCCUCCUCCUCCGUGCACACGGACUCCUCCUCCUCGCUCAACACGUCGCUCGCGUCCAGCUCCUUCACGCAGAGCAACGCCAAGACCGUCUCAGCAGCAGCAAAGAAGAAGGCCGGCAGCCACCUCUCAUCCCCGUCGGCCCUUUCGCAGCCGAACCCGACAAACGUGUCCCGCGUACCAAGUCUCUUCCGCAAGACAUCGUCACAGACGCACUCCGCCACACACACCCCGGACGGGUUCUACGAGAAGCCCGUGAACGAGCGCAAGACGCAGUUCUUCAUCGACCACUCGUCGCCGGAGUCCUCCUCGAUGAGUCCGCCGAACUUCUCGCCUCAUGCUGCGGCCAGGGAGUCCAUAGUGGACGUCAUGCAGAGCUCGGUCACGGGCUCCGGCGGUAAGGCCAGACAGGACAAGUCUCCCAAGACGUCCUCCAACGGCCCGCCCGCGGGGAGCGUUGUGACGUCUUUGUUUGGAGCCAAGAACAACAGCAUGCACUCGCUGGUCAACCAGGUCCAGAGAAACCAGUCCAGACGGCCAGAUCCAGCACUACCUAAUAACACAGCCAAGCAGCCGGUGGAGUCGAACGCCCACCUGCCCCCAGGUAACGCCAGAUCGGAGCUGCAGCUUCACACAGGUGCCAGACUGAGUUCCAGCUCGCUUUUCGUAAAGGAUCGAACGCACACCCCAGAUAAGCCACACAAUUCUUCCAGCGAAGCGCCGUCGAAACAACAAGUUAGUUCCCAGCAACAGCAACAGCAGCAACAGCAGCAGCUACAGCAGAGACACCAGCAUAGACUAAGGCAAUUGCAACAGCAGCAGCAACAACUACAACAGCAACGUAUUGCAAACAAUCCACCCCUCAAAAAACUCCCAGGUGACUUGAAAACUGAGGUGAAAACGCUGAACCUGCAAAACCUGCAAAUCAAAUCAAAUGCCUCUCAAGUAUCCAUGGCGUCAGCAGCUUCUUCUACAAGGUCACAUGCAUCUCAGGCCUCCACAGCGUCGCUCUUUCCUAAUAAAAAGUCGAACCACAAUGAGGACCACGCUGAGGAAGAAAACGAAGAAGGAGGAUUGAGCUUUCAAAAGCAGACUGUCGUGACGGACGACGAGGCCGGCAACAAGACGAAGCCAGUUCUUAAAAGAAGUUUGUUGAGUGGACUGUUCUUGGACCAGAUGGGUAAACAGCAGCCUGAUACCAACACAGAAGAAGGCAAUACGACCGGUAAACUUGAAAGAGCUCCGGGUUCUUUAUCACCUAGAAAGAGUGGCGGUGCCCAAAUUGAUACCAAUGGUGAUUCUAUUUCUUCCUUGUUCUCAGCUGGUGCCAAACAAACAAAAGGUCAUUAUGAUUCUCAUCACAGGUCUAACGCGCCUCCAACCGCUGCUACCCUUCUACCAACAGCCUUAGCUACCCAUAUGUUUCUUCCAACUAAAAAUUUCCAGACGUUUCAAAGUGUACAACGUCAACAAUAUUCCGGACAACCACAAAAACCGCAACAAAUAGGUCAACAAAAGCCGCAUACUAAUCAUCAUUCACCACACUCCCAGCAACAACAACAGCAUCAUCCCCACCAUCAACAUCACCACCACCAUCAACAUCAACAUCAACAUCAACAUCAUCCACAUGCUGAGUCUUCAGCAGUGGCCACACAACAGAAACAAGUUCCUGUUCUAGAUAACGAAUUGAACAUCACCAAACUCACAAAGGAUAAUAUUGCCAAAUACGCCAACGCUCAGGUCAUCAAGCCAGGCACCGAUGCAGAAGGUGAACCGGAGGUAGAAUACGCAUCGAGUAUCAAAACAUCCACUUCCUCUAUUGACAUACCCGGAUCAGAGAAUAGAAUCAUGAAAGAGCAAAGAAGGAAAGAACGACAGCUUGAGAUGAAGAGUAAGAAACUGGCAGCUGGAGAUAAUGGUGAUGGUAAUGUUGUGCCUGCCCCUGGACAACUACCUUCCAAUUUAGUGGACUCCAUAUUCAAGGAGAAUAUGGCGUUGUUUGGACACCCGUCUAGAAAUGCGACAACAUCAAGCCUACAUGAAUCGGACGUACUGGAUGACCCGGACUCGAGCUCCACGGUUGUGGAAAUUGCAAAGCAUCAUCUUGAUGCAGCAAAUUUGAUUGAGAAGGGAGAAGAUGACCCGGUAUCCAUGCUGGAGAAAAGAGCCGCAGUAUUCACUUCGGAUGGUUUCAUUGACGAUAGUAUAGUAAGAAAAAUAUAUGGAGGAGAUGUAGAUGACGAUGAAGAUAAUAUGAACUAUCAUGCCAGAGGAUGGUGA